UAGAACUAUAACACACAGAACAAACAUAGAAUGCCCACCCCAACUCACACCCUGACCAAACUAAAAUAAAGACAUAAAAAAGGACGUGACACUCAGGUGAUUUUGAGGGAUGUAUGGGCCAUAUAAUAGUUGCUGCACAAAUAUAAAGAAUUGAAGGUUGAAAUUCUAACAAUUUAAACUGUGGUCUAAAAUAUCCAAUAUAACAAAUAUAUUUUCAGUAUAUGCCCCAGAGCCGUGGCGGUUCUAGCUUGUAUGGCUCCCUGGGCGAACCACCAUUUUCAUGAUAUCAUUGACGUGAUGUGCAAAUGAGCGAUAGAAAACGGAUUGCGCAAAUGUCACCAUUCUAAAAGAUGUUGUGCGGGUGACCCGCCCCCGGCCCAUGAUGCCGCCCAGGGCGGCUGCCCAUGUCGCCUAUACUUAAAUCCGCCACUGCCCCAGACAAGAGUUUCCCUUCGAAAUGAAAAGGACUUGGGGUUGAUGUUAUACAGUGUAUGUAUGGGCUAUUUUUGCUAAUGCAUGCCAUUCAUUUGUGGAUAUGUUUUCUGAUAUUUUUUUCUCACAUGAAUAGGAGUGGAAGUGUUAUUGCAGAUUUUACUGUUAUAACAACAAUUGCCGAUAAUGUGGAAAUUGCAAAAGCAAAAGAGGAUAUUGUCUCAACACUUGGAGAAAAAUAUCAAAUAAGGUUUACCUGCUUGAAUAAUACGAUAUUUGGCAGUGGACAAGUGAAUGAGAUAGUUGUAGCUGACUGCAAAUUGGAUGAAGUAGGUCAAAAGACUGCUAUUUGUCAAGAAAAUGGACAUUUUUCAGUUCGGGAGAAUAACUGUGUCUUGAAAGAAAUUGAAAACCUGUUUUUUUUAUCUCAGGUUUUAGUGGGGACUGGUCUUCCAGUCUUUUUGGAAAGACUCCGCAACAGCACUUUUAACCUCCUAGGUAGAAUAGUUUCAUCACCUGCAACUAUUUCUACUAUUGUUAAUAUUCUUAAAAAUGUUGCAAAUGUGUCCCGAAGUACCCCAAUAAACAAACCAUUGAUGAAGAAUUUCCUGGAAACGGCAGGUGUACUUACUUCACAUGGAGCGAAAGCCUCCUGGGAUGAUCUCAACACCAACCUCAACAAAAACAUAAGCUCAGCCUUUCUGGGCACCGUUGAAACAAUUUCCAAUUUCCUUACCGAUGACUUUUUUGACAUAGAAACGUCAAGGAUUAUUUUAAACAAAACCACAGUCAACAACUCAAUAAACAACUUUUUCAAUUUAAACUCGUCUGUUCUGAUAGACAUACCGGCAUCUGAAGCUUCCUUCAAUUCAAUCACCAUAAUAACAUUUGACUCCUUGGAUAAUGUUUUACCUGUGAGAAACAGUCUGAACAACAGUGUCAACACCAUCAACGGAAAAGUGGUUCUGGUGAAGGUGAAUGGCACAAUCAAGAAUGUGACGUUCAGUUUUGACGUACUGAACGAGACACUGGCCAAUCCUCAGUGUGUUUUCUGGAACUUCAACCUUUUUGACGGCCUUGGAGGAUGGGAUGAUAAAGGAUGUGAACUGCCGUCUAAAAAGAAUGGCACUGUCACCUGUCACUGUAAUCAUCUGACCUCCUACUCCAUUUUGAUGUCGCCUUCCAUUCCAGCUGUGUUGCGUGUCCCUUUGGAUUUUAUCACUUACAUUGGAGUUGGCAUAUCAAUGGGUUGCUUGGUCGUGUGUCUCAUCAUUGAGAUGUUGGUAUGGAAUGCUGUGACUGGAAACAACACAUCUUACAUGCGUCAUGUCUCUAUAGUGAACAUCGCCGUUUCCCUUCUGAUUGCUGACAUUUGGUUCAUUAUUGGUGCAGCAAUUUCCGAAAAUGAAAAAAAAGAUCUUGCUGCGUGUUCCACAGCAACAUUUUUCAUCCACUUUUUCUACCUGGCUCUGUUUUUCUGGAUGUUGGUGUCAGGCCUUUUGCUGCUCUACUGGACUGUCAUGGUGUUCUCUCACAUGUCUAAACCAGCAAUGUUGGCCAUCAGUUUUUCUUUGGGCUAUGGAGCUCCCCUCAUCAUUGCUGUCAUAACUAUCGCAGUGACAGCCCCAGGGAAACAAUACAUCAGAGAUAAUGAUGGGGUUUGCUGGCUCAACUGGAAAGAGUCAAAGGCCCUUCUGGCUUUUGUGAUCCCCGCCCUGACCAUAGUGGUCAUCAACCUUUUGAUCCUGAUUGUGGUUCUGUUCAAAAUGCUGAGGAGAGGUGUGGGGGAUGUUACUCAGCCAGAUGAGAGAAAUGCUUUGGUGGUCAUCGCCAGGUGUCUGGCCAUUCUGACUCCCUUCUUUGGUACUACCUGGGGACUAGGAGUAGGAACCAUGACUGCACCAAACAAUCUAGGAAUCCAUAUUGUGUUUGCAAUCUUCAAUUCAUUACAGGGUUUGUUCAUCUUGGUAUUUGGAACACUUUUGGACAAAAAGAUCCGGGAAGCUCUAACAGGAAGGUCACGAGUGUCCUCCAACCGCACAAAGACCACAAGUGCUGCAACCUCAUCGUCAGGUGGUGUGGGCUUUUUCCGGAUACGGAGGAGAAAUGUUUUCAAUGUUUCAGCAGCUCCAACAUCCGGCCCUACUGGUGCAUCAUAGACUUUCAUCAACACUUAACUCAAUGCAACAAAUGUGAUUAUAAUGAAACAAUCAAAAGGUGUUGUCGCGCAUCAUCAGUUGACGCACUGGGUUAGAGUAGCUAACACCUUGAGUGUGACCUUGAAGUGACUGCCACUAAAGAUCUGACCCCAACUCUCAGUGACAUCAUUAGGGGUUAUGUCUAACACAAAGCCAUUCAUUAUGAACUAUAUGGUAUGUUAACUUUUUAUCGGGAUUAUUGAGUAUUAUAUUGAAUAACAUGAUUAUUGUUUUUUUGUGGGGUGGGGGUGUUUAAAUAAGAGUAUGACUGUGUAAAUGGAUUAAUCAGCUAACAUGAAGAAUUGAGAUUGUUCCUGAAAUAACACAUUACAUUCUCUCUUUGAAUAAUUCACUGUUCAUUUUGUCACAAUUUAUAUUACGUUUAAUUUACAUGUAAAAGGUCAUAUGUUCUCUUGUCUAAGACAUUGCACUUUGGAUACUAAAGAAUAGUUGUUGAUAUCAUGGUUUAAGUCAUUCUGUGUGUAUGCAAAUUCUGAGGGAGACUAAAAAGAGGGCAAAACAUCCAAAAGAUAACGGCUUUACAUUGAGCGGAAUGUAAGAAAGGCACCGCACACACUGAUGUACAAUGCAUUUGUCACAACCAUUGUGCUACAAUUGAGUUAUUAUUCUGUACCAAAAUAAUAACAUGUGUUGAGAAGACACGACACAGUAACAACAUUUGUGCAGACAAACUCCAUUGUAUCACAAAAAUGUAUGUUGUAUCACAAUUACUAUGUGUCAAAUCCAUUGUAGAUCAGCUUUAUGACCUCACUUAUGAUCCAUGAUGUAUCUCGUUUUGUCUCUUCAUGUUGGCUAUUAUCAAUUUACAAGUUGCAUGCAUGCUUUGCUUUUUUAUUUAAAUAAAAUGUGGCAAACAGCAGUCGUUCAGCACAUUAUCUGAUUUGAUUUCGCAUGAUCUUGCAUUAACUUAAUCAUAGACCAUUAUAUCUUGACAUCCCAACUGUACACGUGCCUGUAGGGAUAAGGUAGUUGGCACAAUGAUGAUAUAAUAAUUAUUUGAAGGACUGCACAAUGUUAACUAAAGAGCAUGCAAGGUAAUGGGUCUUUCUUGGUUUCGUUUCACGCAGAGCACUUAGGCUACUUUGUUUACAUUCAAGA